UCAUUAAGAUAGCCGGAGAGCAGAAUUAUUUGGAUGGCCACCAAAGUGCUGAAAAAGGAGGGCGCGCGUUCACAAUUGGCCAUUUACGAGCUUUCGCGAUCUUGUUUAUUUGACCUUUUGCUAAUUAAACAGCGAGGAGGCGGGGGGACCGAUUUUGCCAAUGUGAAUGGAAGAAAUUUCUUUCCUUUUUCCUUUUCUUUUUUUUUUUUCGUCUUGUGUAAAGGAACCGGCCUCAUAGAAGAGGAAGAGACCGCGUUGGGACGGACAGUUUUGGAAGUGCUUGGUGGUCCACUGCUCUUCAACUGCUAGACCAUGUUUAAGUUGGACGAGUUCUACACUCCGUCUUCUGAAGUCCGUCUUCUACCUUCGAGUCCUUCUUUCUUCUUCAUCUCCGCCUAUAUUUCUUCCUGUCAAAUCAGCUGUUCCACAGCAUGCUUCGAUGUUUGCCAGCAACACCAGCAGAAGCAUUAUGGAAGUGAAAGAGCGACGUCCAUACUGCUCGCUCACUAAGUCCCACAAGGACAAGGACGCAGCAUAUCUUGGAGACAGUGAAGACUGUGCUAUUGGCCACCAAGAAGUGCGUGUCCCAACUCAGAAGUCGUACUCCUCCAGUGAGACGCUCAAGGUCCUUGAUCAACAACAGGAUCAUACUCGGUUAUUUUGUGGCACAUCAAAAGGACACAAGGACAUGGUUCAUCAUGAACAAGACAAUUACAACAUAGACGGUCAUCAUUUAAAUCUUCGUCAACUGGGCAUCUGUGAGCCUCCAUCACGCCAUGGCCUAGUAUUCUGCUCUGAGAUGUCGCUCCCCCACCGUAGUUUCUCUGUUGCUCCAGUCCAGGCCCGAGAUGUGGAUAGUCAAGCCAUGAGAUCACCAGAGAGAGCUAUCCGGCUGUGGGACCGCGGAGGUUUGGGCAAGUCGUCCCAGAGGAGCUCCUGUUUGUCCAGCCGCUCCAACUCAGUGCUGACUCUUACCGAUACCGAACAUGAGAACAAGUCUGACAGUGACAACGGUUUCCCCAUGCCCUCUCCCUCCUGUCCAUCAUCUGUCUUUGACCAAACACAUCCCCAUUCAGCCAGUCUACAUGACAGCCCAGGUUUAAGCGACACGACUGAGCCAGAGGAAGAAGAGACGGAGCGAGUGGAUUAUACAGCACGAUUGUACUUGCCUGUAAACCAUGAGCAACCAUCCAACCACCACAGCUCUACCCUGCCUCCCGUGGCACCCCCACAUCGUCAGCAGCCUUCAGUAACAGCUCUCAACCAGUCACGGGGCUCCGCACAUCACCCUGGUCAAUUGCUGAAUUCUACACGCCAACUAACUCCUCCCACUGGAAGCCCGGCCCCUGUGGCCGGCCAGUCACCUGCCGAGCUGCAGACCACACCCCCAGAGAGCGUCCCGCUGCAAGACAGCUGGGUGCUGGGGAGCAAUGUGCCUCUGGAAACAAGGCACUUUCUUUUCAAGACAGGUACAGGUACCUCCCCCCUCUUCUCCACAGCCACACCCGGGUACACCAUGGCAACAGGCUCAGUGUACUCCCCUCCUACGAGACCUUUGCCAAGAAACACCUUGUCCCGCUCUGCUUUCAAGUUUAAAAAAUCCUCCAGAUAUUGCUCAUGGAGGUGUACAGCCCUCAGUGCAGUAGGACUGUCUGUGCUGCUCUCAAUCCUGCUCUGUUACUGCAUAGCGAUGCACCUGUUUGGUCUGAACUGGCAGCUCCAGGAGAGUGAGGGAUAUGGAGCGUUUGAAAAUGGAGGUGUGGGAAGAGAUACGACUCCUAACACCUUUAUGGUAUCCACAGACAAUGGUAAAAUUCUUCUCGAAAAUAACACGGUAGACACAGGAAAGGUGGAUGUGGGUCGAAGAGCAAUUCAAGAUGUCCCACCAGGUGUGUUUUGGAGGUCACAGCUUUACAUUGACCAACCACAGUUCCUGAAAUUUAACAUCUCAGUGCAGAGAGAUGCUCUUGUUGGAGUGUACGGGCGCAAAGGAUUACCACCCUCACACACGCAGUAUGACUUUGUGGAGCUGCUUGAUGGAAGUCGACUAAUUUCCAAAGACAAGCGAUCCACGAGUGACACAGACAUGACACGUGUACACUCGCUUGGUGCUUUUGAAAAGGACCCCGGAGGAGAGAUCCGUCACAGACGAUCGGUGAACACACACGAGGCUGGCUUCAUCCAGUAUCUGGACACAGGCAUUUGGCAUUUGGCGUUUUACAACGAUGGACGCAAUACAGAACAAAUGUCUUACAAUACUAUCCUCAUCGAGUCGAUUAUGGAGUGUCCCCAGAAUUGUCAUGGAAACGGAGAUUGUCUCUCAGGAAUAUGCCAUUGUUUUCCCGGAUUUCUGGGGCCUGACUGCUCUCGAGCUUCCUGUCCCGUGCUGUGCAGUGGGAAUGGCCAGUAUUCCCGCGGACGCUGCCAGUGCUACAGCGGGUGGAAGGGCACAGAGUGUGACGUGCCCUACAACCAAUGUAUUGACAUCCAUUGUGGGGGACAUGGCAUUUGCAUUAUGGGCGCCUGCAUCUGCAACACCGGUUAUCAGGGAGACAACUGUGAAGAGGUGGAUUGCAUCGAUCCCAGUUGUUCAGCCCAUGGGGUGUGUAUUCAUGGCGAGUGUCACUGUCAACCGGGCUGGGGUGGAGCCAGCUGUGAAAUUGCCAAGGCUAUGUGUCCAGACCAGUGCUCAGGUCAUGGCACAUACAACACAGAAACCAGCACCUGUACCUGUGACCAGAAUUGGACUGGGCCAGAUUGCUCCUUAGAGUUGUGCGAAGUGGAUUGUGGAAGUCAUGGCAUUUGUUACGGUGGUUUGUGUCGGUGCGAGGAGGGAUGGACUGGAACUGUCUGCGAUCAGAAGGCCUGUCACCCAUUGUGUAGCAAGAAUGGUGUGUGCAAGGAGGGCAAGUGUGAGUGUGACCAGGGCUGGACCGGGGAACACUGUAAUAUUGCUCACAAUCCGGAUAUUAGAGUAAAAGAGGGAUGUCCAGGUCUCUGCAACAACAAUGGGAGAUGUACCCUAGAGGCAAGUGGCUGGCACUGCAUCUGUCAGUCAGGAUGGAGAGGAGCAGGAUGUCAUGUCGCCAUGGAAACCCUUUGUACUGAUGCCAAGGACAAUGAAGGAGAUGGCUUGACUGAUUGCAUGGAUCCAGACUGCUGUCUGCAGCCCUCCUGUCAAAGCCAGUUGUUCUGCAAAGGGUCACCAGACCCAGUAGCAGUACUGAGCCAGUCCACUUCUUCACUGGCUCCUCAGCAGGCUGCCAGGUCUUUCUACCAGCGCAUUCACUUCCUCCUUGGUCCUGAGUCCACUCAUGUCAUUUCCCGUGACAGUCCAUUCAAUAAAAGCUUGGUGUCCAUAAUCCGGGGUCAAGUUUUGACAGCAGAUGGAACGCCCCUGAUUGGAGUCAAUGUGUCAUUUGUCCACUACCCUGAACACGGAUACACUGUCACACGCAAAGACGGCAUGUUCGAUUUACUGGCCAAUGGUGGAGCAUCCCUGACAUUAAGUUUUGAACGUACUCCGUUCUUGACCCAGUACCGAACUGUGUGGGUGCCUUGGAACGUUUUCUAUGUGAUGGACACUCUGGUCAUGAAGAAGGAGGAGAAUGACAUUCCGAGCUGUGACCUGAGUGGUUUUGUCAGACCCGGUCCUGUCAUUGUCACACCCCCGCUGUCAAUGUUCUACAGAAGCUCCCCUGAGUAUGGCCCCAUCAUACCAGAAACCCAGGUUUUACAAGAAGAAACCACAAUCCCUGGAAGUGAUCUCAACCUGAUCUACGUGAGUUCAAGAGCUGCAGGAUACAAGCCAGUCCUGAAAAUCACCAUGACACAGUCAUCAAUACCUUUUAACCUGAUGAAGGUUCAUCUGAUGGUGGCCGUGGUGGGACGUCUCUUCCAAAAAUGGUUCCCGGCUCAGCCAAAUCUUGCUUACACCUUCAUUUGGGACAAAACGGAUGCUUACGGCCAACGUGUUUAUGGACUGUCAGAGGCAGUCGUGUCGGUGGGAUUUGAAUAUGAGUCUUGCCUGGACCUGAUCCUGUGGGAGAAGAGAACAGCCGUUUUACAAGGCUACGAGAUGGAUGCUUCCAACAUCGGAGGAUGGACUCUGGAUAAACAUCAUAUUCUGGAUGUACAAAACGGUAUCCUGUACAAAGGCAACGGUGAGAACAUAUUUGUUUCCCAACAACCUCCUGUCAUCAGCAGCAUUAUGGGAAAUGGACGUCGCCGUAGCAUCUCUUGCCCCAGCUGCAAUGGGCAAGCAGAGGGUAAUAAGCUGUUGGCACCUCUUGCUCUGGCAUGUGGAGCUGAUGGCAGUGUGUAUGUUGGAGACUUCAACUACAUCAGGAGGAUCUUCCCCUCCGGGAAUGUUACCAGUGUGAUGGAGCUCAGAAACAAAGAUUUCAGACAUAGCAACAACCCUGCCCAUCGAUAUUAUCUGGCCACUGAUCCAGUGACAGGACAGCUUUAUGUGUCAGACACCAACUCACGACGGAUCUACCGACCAAAGAACCUCAGUGGUGCCCGGGACCUCAUCAGUAAUGGGGAGGUUGUGGCUGGCACCGGUGAACAAUGUCCGCCGUUUGAUGAAGCACGGUGUGGAGAUGGAAGAAAAGCCACAGAAGCUCAGUUACUGGGGCCUAAAGGAAUUGCAGUUGACAAAAAUGGUUUGAUCUACUUUGUGGAUGGGACGAUGAUCAGAAAAGUGGACCGCAACGGGAUCAUCUCCACAGUGCUGGGAAGCAAUGAUUUGACAUCAGCACGACCUCUGACAUGUGAUACCAGCAUGCACAUAAGACAGGUUCGUUUGGAAUGGCCCACUGAUCUUGCGAUCAGUCCCAUGGACAAUUCCAUCUAUGUAUUGGACAACAAUGUUGUGCUGCAGAUCACUGAAAAUAGACAGGUUCGCAUUGUGGCAGGCCGUCCCAUGCACUGCCAAGUCCCAGGGAUUGAAUACACAAUGGGAAAGAGGGCCGUUCAGACCAUGCUAGAGGGAGCAACAGCCAUUACUUUGUCCUACAAUGGCAUUCUGUACAUCACAGAGACGGACGAGAAGAAAAUCCAUCGCAUUCGACAGGUGUCAACUGAUGGAGAAAUUACCUUCCUUGCUGGAACACCGGCAGAUUGUGACUGCAAGAAUGAUGCCAACUGUGACUGUUACCAAACAGGAGAUGGUUAUGCAAAAGAUGCAAGACUUAAUUGUCCUUCCUCUUUGGUCGUGUCCCCUGAUGGGACAUUGUAUGUGGCCGAUCUCGGAAAUAUCCGCAUCCGAGCAAUCCGGCGCAACCAACCACUUUCCGGCUCUUUGGCAUCUGGUCCCAGUUCCUACGAAGUGGCCUCUCCGGCCUCCCAGGAGCUCUACGUGUUUGACUUAAAUGGAACUCACCAAUUCACACUCUCCCUGGUCUCUGGAGACUACAAAUAUAAUUUUAGUUACAGCAACGAGGAGGAUUUAACAGCUGUGACUGACAGCAGCGGCAACACCCUCCGCAUACGUAGAGAUACCAACAGGAUGCCUGUACGUGUGGUUGCUCCCGACAAUCAAGUCAUCUGGCUGACCAUCGGAACAAAUGGUGGUCUGAAGUCUCUCACAGCUCAGGGUCAAGAGCUGGUCUUGUUUAGCUACCAUGGCAACAGUGGCUUACUAGCAACGAAAAGCAUUCAAAUUGGCUGGACGACUUUCUAUGAUUAUGACAGCGAGGGUCGUUUGACUAAUGUUACCUUCCCCACUGGCGUGGUUACCAAUCUCCAUGGCGACAUGUCAUCAGGGGCUGUUGCUGUGGAUAUUGAGACGUCAGGGAGGGACGAGGAUGUUUCCAUAACAACCAACUUGUCAUCGAUAGACUCGUUCUACACUCUGGUGCAGGACCAGCUUCGAAACAGCUACCAAGUGGGUAACGACCAUUCUCUCAGGGUCAUCUAUGCCAAUGGGAUGGAUACACAUUAUCAGACAGAGCCUCAUAUCCUGGCAGGUGCCGCCAACCCAACUGUAGCGCGACGCAACAUGACGCUUCCAGGAGAGAAUGGACAAAAUCUAGUGGAGUGGAGGUUUAGGAAAGAACAGACACGAGGAAAAAUCAUUGUCUGUGGAAGAAAGCUGAGAGUGAAUGGAAGGAACCUGUUGUCUGUGGAUUAUGACCGCACUCUACGAACAGAGAAGAUUUAUGAUGAUCACCGGAAAUUCCUCUUGAAGAUCAUCUAUGACACCCAAGGGCAUCCGACGCUUUGGGUUCCAAGCAGCAAGCUCCUCGCUGUUAACCUGACAUACUCCAGUACUGGGCAGGUAACUGGCCUGCAAAGGGGUCCAACCACUGAGAAGUGGGAGUAUGACAAUCAAGGAAGAAUCAUUUCCAGAGUAUUUGCUGAUGGAAAGACAUGGAGCUACACUUAUUUGGACAAGUCCAUGGUCUUACUGCUUCAUAGCCAGCACCAGUACAUUUUCGAUUAUGACUCAGGGGACCGCCUGUCAGCUGUUACCAUGCCGAGCGUGGCUCGACACACCAUGCAGACCAUCAGAUCCAUCGGCUACUACAGAAAUAUCUACACUCCACCGGAGAGCAACGCCUCAGUAACUGUGGACUACUCUGAAGAGGGACAGCUCCUUAGAGUUGCCCAUCUUGGAACUGGACGCCGUAUAUUGUACAAAUAUCGCAGACAGAACAAGCUGGCAGAGAUUCUUUAUGAUUCGACUCGGGUCAGUUUCACAUAUGACGAGACGGCGGGUGUGCUGAAGACGGUCAACUUGCAGACCGAAGGGUUUAUCUGUUCCAUACGAUACCGCCAAAUUGGCCCACUGGUGGACCGGCAGAUAUUCCGUUUCAGCGAGGACGGGAUGGUGAACGCCCGUUUUGACUACACCUACGACAACAGUUUCAGAGUCACCAGCAUGCAGGCCGUAAUCAACGAGACGCCGCUGCCGAUCGAUCUCUAUCAAUUUGAUGACAUAUCAGGAAAGGUGGAGCAAUUUGGAAAGUUUGGAGUCAUCUAUUAUGACAUCAACCAGAUCAUCUCCACAGCGGUUAUGACCUACACCAAGCACUUUGACCAGCAUGGCCGCAUCAAGGAGAUCCAGUAUGAGAUCUUUAGGUCCCUGAUGUACUGGAUCACCAUUCAGUAUGACACCAUGGGCCGAGUCACCAAGCGCGAGAUUAAGAUAGGACCAUUUGCCAACACGACCAAAUAUGGCUAUGAAUAUGAUGUUGAUGGACAGUUGCAGACAGUCUCACUCAAUGAAAAAAUGAUGUGGAGGUAUAAUUAUGACCUCAAUGGAAAUUUACAUUUGCUGAAUCCGGGAAACAGUGGUCGGUUGACACCUCUGCGUUAUGACCUGAGAGACAGAAUCACUCGUCUGGGAGAUGUUCAGUACAAAUUGGAUGAAGAUGGUUUUCUCAGACAGAGAGGGGCAGAGAUAUUUGAAUACAACUCCAAAGGUCUUCUUGUUCGGGUCUACAGUAAAGCCGCUAGUUGGACCAUCCAGUACCGUUACGAUGGUCUGGGUAGGCGAGUGGCAGCUAGGAAUAGUCUAGGACAACAUCUGCAAUUCUUCUAUGCUGACCUGAACUACCCCACCAGGAUCACGCAUGUUUAUAACCACUCCAGCUCCGAAAUCACCUCCUUUUACUACGACUUGCAGGGCCACGUUUUUGCGAUGGAAAUCAGCAGUGGAGAAGAGUUUUAUAUUGCGUGUGAUAACACUGGCACCCCGCUGGCUGUCUUCAGCAACAAUGGACUCCUACUCAAGCAGGUGCAGUACACAGCGUACGGCGAGAUUUAUUUUGAUUCAAACCCAGACUUUGUGCUGGUCAUUGGUUUCCACGGAGGCUUGUUUGAUCCUCUGACACGACUGCUACAUUUCGGAGACAGAGACUAUGACAUCCCCGCCGGGAGAUGGACAACCCCUGACAUCAGCACAUGGACCAGGGUUGGUAAAGACCCUCAGCCUUUCAAUCUUUACAUGUUCCAAAGCAACAACCCCAUCAGCAAAAUCCAUCAGGUCAAAGAAUACGUGACAGAUAUCAACAUCUGGUUGGUCACGUUUGGAUUCCAUCUGCACAACGCAAUUCCAGGAUUCCCCAUUCCCAAAUUUGACUUGACACAGCCAUCGCUGGAGAUGAAAAAGAGUCAAUUGUGGGAUGACCUGCCUUCGAUCUCAGGUGUCCAGCAGGAGGUGACACGUCAGUCUCGGGCCUUCCUGUCUUUCGAGCGGAUGCCGGAAAUCCAGCUAAGCCGACGCCAUACGGACCGCGCCAAACCGUGGCUGUGGUUUGCGACAAUCAAGUCUCUCAUCGGCAAAGGAGUGAUGCUCGCCGUUAUCCAAGGCCGCGUGGUGACCAGCGCUCUCAAUAUUGCUAACGAGGAUUGCAUCAAAGUGGCCGCUGUCCUAAACAACGCCUUUUACCUGGAGGAUCUGCAUUUUACAGUCGAAGAACGGGACACCCACUACUUCAUCAAAACCAGCCUGCCCGAGAACGAUCUCGGCGCUCUGCGGCUCACCUCGGGCCGUAAAUCGCUGGAAAACGGCGUCAACGUGACGGUGUCGCAGUCGACAACGGUGAUGAACGGCCGAACGCGGCGCUUCGCCGAUGUGGAGCUGCAGUACGGCGCGCUGGCACUCCACGUACGUUACGGGACCACGCUGGACGAGGAGAAGGCUCGCGUCCUGGAGCACGCCAGGCAGAGGGCCUUGACCGGCGCCUGGAUCCGCGAACAGCAGCGCGUCAGAGAUGGCGAGGAGGGAGUUCGCCUGUGGACGGAGGGAGAGAAAAGACAGCUGCUGAGCGGCGGGAAGGUUUUGGGUUAUGACGGGUAUUACGUCUUGUCCAUCGAGCAGUACCCGGAACUUGCUGACAGUGCCAACAACAUCCAGUUCCUACGUCAGAGUGAGAUAGGGAGGAGGUAACAGGGCAUCCGCAGAAGCUUUAUUUCGACGGCUCGGAGAAUCCCAAAAAGAUGAAAAACAAGUUCCGUUUGAACAAUCAACGGAUGUGUCAGACUGAACCGUCUUCGGAGUCAAAGGUCAUUGAAGAGCCCCCCCCGGGUUUGCAAAUAUAUUUUUCUCGGAAGACAAUAAGGCGCCACGAUGAUGAUGAAACAAUCAGGUCAAUGUAACUGAUAAAGAACAAUCGAAUUUUAAGACACGAGAAAAGUUUCAGUCUAUUGACCAAUGCCUUUUCUUUUUAUCUUUCUUUCUUUCUUUGAACUGCCUUGGAACAAACAGCAUAUGCAUGCAAGCCCCGCCCCUUUCACUCAGUCUAUUUGGAAGGCGGGGCUAACCUGAAUGCUGCGUGUCAUGCCGUCAAGCCGCGAGGACAACGGAAGCAAAGACUGGUUUAAGAAAAGCAAACAUUUCGGCACCCGUCACGGCUAAAAUGAGUGGCCAAGCAUUUCAACAGUUCUAAACUGUCUCGAGUAGUGAACACAACAAACGUUUACGGACCUCUCGCGGAGGGUUGCCGGUAUCGGUGAACCGUGGAGCCGGAUGUUACCUUCACCGUUGCUUAUAUGUCUAUAAGGAUCUCUUGUUUCUCAUGAACUGUUGUGUACUUUCUCCGAGAGAGAAGAGCACAUAAAAAAUGACAAUGAUUUGUACGAAGGGAAGGAGAAAUCUGUCUGAAUAUUUUGGUUUUGUACGGCAUCGAAAACAUUUUAUUGUAUUUACAUUGAAACAAAGGGGCAUAUAAAAAAAAUGAAGAACAAUGUGUAUAACAGAUAUACGACUAUUUCUAUAAUUACGCUCCCAACCCCAGGAUGAGCUCGACCCAACAAAAUCUGACAUUUUAAAUUGUAUUUUGUUUUUUUUUCCCCUCUAUGAUCUGUUUGUUCAGUUCACACGAACUCCUACGCAUCCACUCGACAUCAACAGCUCCCAUUAAAAAGGAAGGAUAGUGCCAUGGAUGUUUAUGGUUCUCUUUGGAUGGACUUUUUGAGGAUUUUUGAGGAUUUUUGAGGAUAGUUUGGGCCCAGUCGUGGCUCUCUGCAAAAACACCGAUCCCCCCUUUCUAAGUCCAAAGGUCUUAACAAUUCAGCAAAAUGUGACUCAGUCUUAUAAUGCAUAGAACUUGUGCUUUUAUCAGUCAAAGUUGGUAGUAUUGCUUGCAAUAGAAACGUUGUCUUGGCUUUUCGGAGGGAGGCAGGGGGGGUGGUUGCUGUGAGUAGUGACUCCUGUUGCUUCUCUCUACGUUUUUUGCUUGUGUCUCUUUAAGAGGAGAGUGUUUCGCCAUCAGUGACUUUGAGUAACAGUAAUCAAGAAUCGGUGUGUAUGUUUUUGUAUUGACUGUGGGGUCUUGGUAUUCUUAGGGAGUUUUCCUUGUGUGUGUUUGUUUUCAAGGGUGGGAAAGGAAAUCAAAAUCAUUCUGAAGGACGGUGUACUUAAACAGAGCAUUUACAUCAUAUGCCACAAUUGUUUUUUUGUUUUUCCCCCACAGUCAAUUGAGACAAGUUGAUGUGUUAUGGGUUUGCUUAUCUUUAUGUUGAAGGUUGAGAAAUUCCACUUAACUGUACAACAAUACUAGUCUCAGAAAAAGUAAUUCAUGUACAGUGUUUCUACAGUAAACAAUAAAUCCUUUGAAACUC